AACAACCUUUUUCUUUUCUUUUUUUUUUUGGAGUUGACCUCAUUCCAUUCCUUUUAUAACCAUAUUACUCCAUGACUUCCACUUUACCGUUUACCCAACAUAUAUUUUACAUUCUGCCUCUGAAACUGGACCCGGAUAAGCUAAAGGGAAUUCAAGAUGCCAUUACUCUUCUGGAUGGAACAUGCUCCUCGUCAAUCUCCAGCGCUACUUUUAUUAUUACUUGUUUGAAAAGUCCUCAUCGUAUUAAACGUCAUGUCAGCAAUACCACUUGUCCCAUUAUUCAUAUGAAAUGGAUAUUUGAAUGUGUUACACAACGACGAUUUCUUGAUCCAGCACCAUAUCGAAUUCAUGUUGAACAAAAGAUACCAGCAACCACCUUGAAUGAUGAUCGGCCUCGACAAAUGCGAUCUUGGGAUGAUAUUUAUGAUAUUUAUCGUCAACAAUCUCAUAUACCAGUAUCAAAAGUUAACUUUAUAGAUGAUUACGGAGGAAAAAGAAAAAAGAAAAAACAAAAGCUUUUAAAGAAACAACCAAGUUAUCAAACUACAACAUCUGGAGAAUCAUCUUUGGAACAUGAACAUCCUUGGUGGACAGAAACAAAUGUUUAUCGUUCUACAUCCUUUGUUUGUGAGAGACCUUCUCCUUUGGAUCAUCCUAAUAAAGAUCUGGUUGAAAUAUUUGAAUCUUUAGAACAUUCUAGGGAACUAAGAGGGGAUACUAUCAACAGUCUUGGAUAUCGAAAAGCAGCUGCUGCCAUCAAGAGUUACCCUUAUAAAAUCAAAUCAGUGAAUGAAGCUUUUCAAUUGAAAGGAAUUGGCAAGAAAACAGGUCGAAUUGUAGAAGAUUAUUUAAAAAAAGGAACGGUGCCAGAUUUAGAAACGUUGAAAGAAGAUGAAGAAUUUAAAACACUCAAAUUAUUCUACAACAUCCAUGGGGUUGGUGCAACAACAGCUAGGGAAUGGUAUCACAAAGGUCAUCGAACAUUGGAAGAGGUCAAGAAGAAUGAAUCUCUCAGCAGGGAUCAACUUUUGGGUAUCAAAUAUUAUGAUGACUUUUUACAACCUAUCCCAAGACAACAAGUGGAAAUCAUCAUUGAAGAAUUCCGUGUAGUUCUUGAAGAAUAUCAAUCAGGAUGUGAUUUUACAAUCUGUGGCUCUUAUAGACGUGGUAAACAAACAUCAGGUGAUGUGGACAUAUUAGUGACCCAUCCGGAUGAUAAAGUGGCUAGCAAAUUAUUGACAGGUUGUGUGGAUCGUUUACAAUCACUUGGAUAUAUUCAAGAUAUUCUAUCCAUGACCAAUUUUGGUACAGUCAACUCCAGUGAUGAUGAUGAUGAUGAUACUAUCAAAACUCGUAUCCAUUCAACUGGGCAAGCUCUAUGUGUAUGGCUCUCCAAAAAUGAUCCUGUUUAUCGACGUGUGGAUUUGAUUGUAGUUCCAUGGGAUGAUUAUCCUGUAGCCAUUCUUAGUUGGACUGGAUCUGGUCAUUUCAAUCGUAGUUUACGAUUACGUGCCAAAAAGGUGAAUGGAUUGAAAGUAACCUCACAUGGAUUCUUUCGAAAAGGUGAAAAACUCAAAGUGACUAGCGAACGACAUGCAUUUGAACUUUUGGAUUUGACUUAUUUGGAACCAAAGGAUCGAAAUUGUUAAUAUAUUUGAAUAGUUUAUCCACGGCAUCAUUAUUUACAAUAUUAUACUGUAUAUAUAUGGAAACUAAGUCCAAUUGUUUCGGUUGGAGAUUUAAACAAGG